CGCUAGUAUCUGGUAUCUGCAUCCAAACCUCUGCUAACAUUUCAUGGUCUGCUAGCAGUUAAUAUAGCCCGUGAAAUCUCCACGAUAUGGCGUUUUAGUUUUGUAGCUUUUUUCUGCCAUCAAUCCACAGUAGAUUUAUAAAUCCGAGCUCAAUGUGACUAAACGAUUUGUGUUUCGGGCAAUAGUUAUUUUCUAGUGAACAUGACAAGUUUCGUUCAAGUUGGAGAAUAGAUAAUCUGGCGAAAAUGGCAAAUAAAAAUCAAGUUGGUGCCCUACAAAAGAUAUGGCGCUAUCGAAAACUUUUAAUUAUUGAGCCCUUGUUGAUUUGCGUGUUGCUCCCAUUCGGUUUGUUGAGUGUGACUGUUAUGAAUUUCAGUUUGGAAAAAGCAUGUAGAGUGAACUUGGGCUAUGAUCCAUCUGUAUGUCAAAUUCUGCUUAAUAAAAAGCAAAAUAAAAUCGACUGUACGGGCAUAACCGCCGAGGACACUCAACCACGGAAUACAUCGCUUUUGGUCAGCGAAUUUGAUUCGAAUAUUAACGAGACAGUUUGCAAAGCGGAGAUAGAGAGCCAGAAGCUUGUGGCGUUCAUGAAUGCUAUCCGAGGACCUAUAUCAUCUUUUUUUCCUAUCAUCGUAAUUUUAUUUGCCGGCGGUUGGAGCGAUAGAAAUGGCUUGAGGAAACCAUGCAUGGCCCUGCCGUUAAUGGGAGCUGUUUUUUCGAUAACAGCACACAUCGUGUCCGCAGUAUUUAUGGAUGCAAUACCCAUGGAAUUCGACGCUAUAAUGGAGAGAGUGAUACCAUCGAUGUUUGGUGGACAUAUGUUGUUCCAUGUUGGAAUCUAUAGUUAUUUAACUGAGACAACCCCCGAAAAGGAUCGAUCAUUUCGAUUUGGGAUUUUUACAGUAUUCUUGCAUAUAAUGCUACUGAUCGGUGUUUCCUUGAGCGGUCUUGCAUACAAUCAUCUUGGAUACAUCAAGGUGUUUGUCUUAUGCGACGUUAUCUUUGCUUCCGGAAUAAUCUACGUAAUAUUCUUUAUUCCGGAAAUAAAACGAAAAGAUGACAUCAAUGAAAUUGCUGACAACAAAGAAAUUUUCACCUUCGACACCUGCGAACCCAACUAUAUGCCGGGAGAGACGGCCAAGAGCUUUUACAGCUUGGUGGAGCGCAACAAAAAGAAAGGUCUCCUCGCAGACUUUUUCGACCCCACGUCAGUAUACGAGUGUUCCAAAGUAUUCCUGAAAAAGCGUGAUAACAGGGGAAAUCUGUUUUUGAAUCUAUCUAUUAUCUUGACUAUAUUAAUUGCGGCUCCAGAUGAUCAGGAUUUCAUCUACUUAUUUGCAAUGAAAAGCUUAAAGUGGAAUGGCGACGCGUUUAGCGCAUUUAUGGCAUAUUCCAUGGUCAUUAUGAUGAUUGGAACAUUCCUCAUGACAGCCGUAUUCAUUAAAAUAUUUGGAAUCAGCAAUCCAAUGGCUGGGUUCCUGGUUUCCUUUUUAUCUGUGAUAUCGAAUUUUAUAAAAGCAUUCUCCAAUACCUCACUAUUAUUUUACAGUGCAGCCACAAUAAAUUUAUUUUCCCACUGCAAGGGAAUAGUUAUCAAUGCAAUCGUCUCAGAAUUCAUCGACAAAGAAGAAAUUGGAAAAGUCUUCUCAAUACUAGGAAUAACCGCUGCGCUAUCCAGAAGUGUAUUUCCACUACUUUAUUCCUUUGUCUAUGGUAAAACAUUAGAAACAUUUCCUGGUGCAAUAUUUUUAAUGUCGGAAAUAUUUUUAAUUCCUUCAACUAUACUUUUUGGAAUCAUCCACUUUAUGAUAAAAAAUCACAAGAAAAAGAUGGCAGAAAAAGAGAAAGGUGUUGCCGAUGAAAAGCCUUUUGAGGGUAAAAAUGAAACCAAUACCGUAAAAAGCGAAUCCUAAAUAUAUUAGCCCCUUUUAUUGGGGUAUGUUGUGUAGAUUUUAUUAAGGCAUAAGUACUAAUAAAUGUUACAAAUUGUAUAAAAA